CCGGAGUGCUGGGAUCAAAGGCAUGCACCACCAACGCCUGGCUAGUUCUCAUUUCUUUGUGCCUUUAAUUCUGUAUGUUUAGUGUCCACAACAGCUUUUUAGACUAUUGUAUAAUACCAGCUCAUAAUGUUCAAAGCAGUGACAUAGUAGCUAAUACUGGUUUCUGCCCUGGUUAGGUUUUUUUUCUGUUUGACACAAGUUGAAGUUAUCAGGGAAAACAACCUCAAUUGAGAAAAUGGAUCAGAUUGCCUGUAGGCAACUCUCUGUAGGGCAUUUUCUUGGUUAAUGAUUGUAGUGGGAGGGCCCAGCCCACUAUGGGUGGCACUGGAUCUUUGCCGGUGGUCCUGAAGUAUAUAAGAAAGCUGACUGAGCAAACCAGUAAGCAGUGUUCCUGCAUGGCCUCUGCUUCAGUUCCUGACUUGAGGCUCCUGCUCUGAGUUCCUGCCCUGACUUCUUCAUGAUGGAGUUUAAACUUCCAGUUACAACGCAGGGAUCACAACAAGCGCAGCCGCCACAGAGGCACUAUGGCAUUACCUCUCCUAUCAGCUUAGCAGCCCCCAAGGAGACUGACUGCCUACUCACACAGAAACUCAUCGAGACUCUGAAGCCCUUUGGGGUUUUUGAAGAAGAAGAGGAACUGCAGCGCAGGAUUUUAAUUUUGGGAAAAUUAAAUAACCUGGUGAAAGAAUGGAUACGAGAAAUCAGUGAAAGCAAGAAUCUUCCACAAUCUGUAAUUGAAAAUGUUGGAGGAAAAAUUUUUACAUUUGGAUCUUAUAGACUAGGAGUACAUACGAAAGGUGCUGAUAUUGAUGCAUUGUGUGUUGCACCAAGACAUGUUGAUCGGAGUGACUUUUUCACCUCAUUCUAUGAUAAAUUGAAAUUACAAGAAGAAGUAAAAGACUUAAGAGCUGUUGAAGAAGCAUUUGUCCCAGUUAUUAAACUCUGUUUUGAUGGAAUAGAGAUUGAUAUUUUGUUUGCAAGAUUAGCACUGCAGACUAUUCCAGAAGAUUUGGACCUACGAGAUGACAGUCUACUUAAAAACCUAGAUAUAAGAUGCAUAAGAAGCCUUAAUGGUUGCAGGGUAACCGAUGAGAUUUUACAUCUAGUACCAAACAUUGACAACUUCAGGUUAACUCUGAGAGCCAUCAAACUGUGGGCCAAACGGCACAACAUCUAUUCCAAUAUAUUAGGUUUCCUCGGUGGUGUUUCCUGGGCUAUGCUAGUAGCAAGAACUUGCCAGCUUUAUCCAAAUGCAAUAGCAUCAACUCUUGUACAUAAAUUUUUCUUGGUAUUUUCUAAAUGGGAAUGGCCAAAUCCAGUGCUAUUGAAACAGCCUGAAGAAUGCAAUCUUAAUUUGCCUGUGUGGGACCCAAGGGUAAACCCCAGUGAUAGGUACCAUCUUAUGCCUAUAAUUACACCAGCAUACCCACAGCAGAACUCCACGUACAAUGUGUCCGUUUCAACACGGAUGGUCAUGGUUGAGGAGUUUAAACAAGGUCUUGCUAUCACUGAUGAAAUUUUGCUGAGUAAGGCAGAGUGGUCCAAACUUUUUGAAGCUCCAAACUUCUUUCAGAAGUACAAGCAUUAUAUUGUACUUCUAGCAAGUGCGCCCACGGAAAAGCAGCGUCUGGAAUGGGUGGGCUUGGUGGAAUCAAAAAUCCGCAUCCUGGUUGGAAGCUUGGAGAAGAAUGAGUUUAUUACACUGGCGCAUGUGAACCCCCAGUCAUUUCCAGCCCCCAAAGAAAAUCCUGACAAGGAAGAAUUCCGCACAAUGUGGGUGAUUGGAUUAGUGUUUAAAAAAACUGAAAACUCUGAAAAUCUCAGUGUGGACCUGACCUAUGACAUUCAGUCUUUCACGGAUACAGUUUAUAGGCAAGCAAUAAACAGCAAAAUGUUUGAGUUGGACAUGAAGAUUGCUGCAAUGCAUGUGAAAAGAAAACAGCUCCAUCAACUGCUGCCCAGUCACGUGCUUCAGAAAAGGAAAAAGCAUUCAACAGAAGGGGUCAAGUUAACAGCUCUGAAUGACAGCAGCCUCGACUUGUCUAUGGACAGUGAUAACAGCAUGUCUGUGCCUUCACCCACUAGUGCUAUGAAGACCAGUCCAUUGAACAGUUCUGGCAGCUCUCAGGGCAGAAACAGUCCUGCUCCAGCUGUGACCGCAGCAUCUGUGACCAGCAUCCAGGCUUCUGAGGUUUCUGUGCCACAAGCAAAUUCCAGUGAAAGCUCAGGGGGUCAAUCGAGCGAAAGCAUUCCUCAAACUGCCACACAGCCAGCCAUUUCUCCACCACCAAAGCCUACGGUCUCCAGAGUUGUCUCCUCAACACGUCUGGUAAACCCAUCACCUAGACCUUCAGGAAAUGCAGCAACAAAAGUACCUAAUCCUAUAGCAGGAGUCAAGAGAACAUCCUCACCCCAUAAGGAAGAAAGUCCUAAGAAAACCAAAACAGACGAGGAUGAAACAAGUGAAGAUGCUAACUGUCUUGAUUUGAGUGGACAUGAUAAAACAGAAACAAAGGAACAAGUUGAUAUGGAGACGAGUGCGAUUCAAUCAGAAACUGUUCCGGCAUCGGCUUCUCUGUUGGCCUCUCAGAAAACAUCCAGUACAGACCUUUCUGAUAUCCCUGCUCUCCCUGCAAAUCCUAUUCCUGUUAUCAAGAAUUCAAUAAAACUGAGACUGAAUCGGUAAAACCACCUCAGGGUCCAUAAACAGUAUCUGCCAACUCAACCUGUUGUCUUCAGAUGCUUAAAAAAAAAAAAAAAAAAAAAAAAAAAAAAAAAAAAAAAAA